CUUCAUAGUGAAAUGAAUUCUUCUCCGUUUCUUCCGGAUUUAAAUUCAAAGUACGUUCAAGGUUGCGUGCUUGCAAUAAACCACGUCUCAGCAGUUACACCUGGAGCGCCAGCGGUCGAGACUUCACCCUGUGAUCAGCCGUCCUGCCGCUGCAGGUGGAUUCCACAGCUGAAUGGUUCGCGAAUAUGGCCUCUUCAGAAGAAGAACAGAUCAAAGCAUUCAACGACUUGUCGAAACAAGCAAUUGAUGAAUAUGAAGAACUUCUGAAAGAAAAUGAGAAGAUAAAGAAAGAGAGUUUAAGAUUGAUUGAAGAAAAAGAUAAUGCCAUUCAGCAGGUGGAAGAACUCCGUAGAGUUUCGCAAAUGGUGAUUAAUGAAGUCGAUGUAAUUCAGAGUCAUCUUGACAUUGAGAAAAGUUGCCGUGAAACUGCAGAAGUACUUGCUUCAAAGCUGAACAAAGACAAUAAAGCCCUAAAACGAAUCAGUAUGCACUACAUGGAGAAACUGGGAGCUGGUGCUCUUCCUGCUGAGCUUUCUUUGGGAGAAGAUUCGGCAAAUGAUGCAACAAAUAAGCAAUUAGACAACAAUGUCAUAUGUUCUUCAAUAGAAUGCCAGAAUCAAAUACAAGAUCUUCGAAAAAAUCUUGCAUCAAUACUGGAAGAGAAGAUGCAGUUGUCUUUUCAGCUGGAGAACCUGAAAAACUUGACUGAUAAACUACAAAAGGAAGAAGAAAAGAAUAAGUUACUGGCUGCAGAAAUUGAAAAUCAAAAUCAGGUUCUUGCCAAGUACAACAAAGUUUCAAUGUUGGCUCUAGAGGAAUAUGAAGGCUUAGAGCAAAGUCUGGAACUGGAGAAAGAUCUCCGAAAGGAAGCUGAGUCCUUUGCUCACGAGAUGCUGGUGGAACAAAAAAAACUAAAAAGACAAAGUCAGAUUCUCACUCAGAAUAUGGUGCCUCAUGAGCAGCUCAUGAAAGCUCUUGAUGAGCUUGCAAUUGUGUCAGGGAAAAUGGAGCAGGAGAGAAUUUUACAUGAGAAAAAGGUAAAGGAGUUGGAGGAACAGUUGAAUGAUUCAAGAUUUCAGAAAGAAGUAAACUCACUAAAGAAACAGCUUAAACUUUUCAAAGAAGACAAAGAGGAACUCGAAGUUCAGUGUAAAAAGUGCGAUGAGCAAGUGCGGGAUUUGAAACAUACCAUUGACGAACUGGGAAAACGUAUCAAACGAGCAGAAAUGUCUUCACUGUCACCAGAGCCACCACUGGCUCCACCUCUUCCACCGAUGUCACCUUCUUCAGAUCCUCUAAAAAAUCUUAUGAAGAUACUAUGUAAAAAACAAAAUGAAUCCAAUUGGUCUGAGUUUGGAAGGUCCCUUUCAGUGGAAUCAGGCAAUUCUUUUGAUGAAGUGAAGAAACAAGCAGUUGAUGAAAUGAUGGAAAGAAUUAAGAAAGGAGUUCAGCUUCGGAAGGUCAAUGAAACGAACAAGACUCCAAUUAAUAAGAACACACUUCAAGAAUCUAAUGCUUUACAAGAACUCAGAGGAAUACUAAAAUCUCACAAAGAGGAAAUAUUGGCAACCAGUACAAAAGUUAAAGAAGAAAAUGAGCUGCAAAGGAUCCUAAGGCACAGGAAAGAAGUAACGGAAUCCGUUGCUAGUAGUUCACCACACAAAUUGGCGAAUACGACAAAGCAAUCCGGAGCUGCCUUAAGAUCAGGAAAUAAGAUCAAUCGCCCACCAGUUCAGAGAAAAGCAAGCAAAAAUGGCAAUACAUAACUUGGAGCUCCCUGGUCAGUCUCAAACAGAGGAUGACAACUAAUUAAGAGUUCAAUACAUUUGAGUAAUGUAUAUAUUUGAAAUCUUUUGAACUAGACAUACAGAGUUGCUGAUUAAGUCAUAAGACUAUAAGACGUAGGGGCAGGCUUAGGCCACUUGGCCCAUCGAGUCUUCUCCGCAUUCCAUCAAGGCUGAUUUAUUAUUCCCCUCAACACCACUCUCCUCCCUUCUCCUCAUAGCCAUUGACACCCUGAAAAUCAAGAAUUAUCAGCCUCCGCUUUAAGUGUACACAAUGACUUGGCCUCCACAGCCAUCUGUGGCGAAGAAUUCCACAGAUGCACCACAUCAGUCCAAAGAAAUUCCUGCUCAUCUGAAGAACUUGUUCCCCGAAACUCCAGCCAUUGCUGUUUUUCCGUCACAGAUGCCAUGGUAACAUAGGGUAAGCGAGACAUUAUUACAGCUCAGGGCGUUGGAGUUUGGAGUUCAAGUCUAAUAUUAUCUGUAAGGAGUCUGUACACGAAGCACAUGAGGUUUCUCCAGGUCCUUCAGUUUCCUCCCACAGUCCAAAGGCGUAUCGGUUAAUUGCUCAUUGUAAAUUGUUCUGUAAUUAGGCCAUGGUUAGAUUGGUGGUUGCUGGGCAGUGUGGCUCGAAGGACUGGAAGGGCCUAUUCUGCGCUGUAUCGCUAAAAAAAUAGUGAAUCCUGUGCCUUCCAAAUUGCUGCCAGAAAUGUCAGCCAGUUCUGUUCUGCUGUCCCUUUCCAAUCAACGUUGGCCAGCUCCUCUCUCAUGCCUCUGUAAUUCCCUUUACUCCACAGUAAUACUGAUAUAUCUGACUUUCGCCUCUCCAUCUCAAACUGAAGGGUGAAUUCUAUCAUAGUAUGAUCAAUAUUAUGAAUAGUUAAUUAAUUAAUUACUUUUAUUUAUUGCGAUACAGUGUGGAAUAGGCCCUUUCAAACCGUGCCAUCCAACAAACCACUGAGUUAACCCUAGCCUAAUCACAGGACACUUUACAAUGACCAACGGUCUUUGGGCUGUGCGAGGAAACCCACAUGGUCACUGGGAGAACGUACAAACUCCUUGCAGGCAACGUCGGGAGCUGAGCCCAGGUGGCUGGUACUGGAAAGCAUUCUGCUAAGCACACACUACUGUAUCUAUCGACUGCCCGUUACUCCACUGGUGCUUAGGGCAGCAAUGAAGGUCCAUCUCCAAUGGUGUUCGGAACUUCCUUUAUUUUGUUAGUUGUUUCAUGCAAGUCCCGGGUGGAGUCUCAGGAACACACUCACACUCAGAUGUAGAAUGAUUCUUCAUUGCUGUUUCCUUAACAGUUUUGUUUUACCAGUUAGGGUUGUUACCCUGAGCUGAACCCCUGAACCUGGAGGACUGGUGAGCCACUCUCAGUCUGGUCUCUACCCUUUGACCUGUUUGGCAUGGCUGACCCUACCCAGAGCCAAAGCAUAAAGUCGUGACUCCAGCCAGCAUAGCUCUCUGGGUCAUUGAGGUAUGUGACCCUCCAAACCCUACAGCAAGGUUGUGGUCCUCUUGGAGGGCUAGAUUAUUGUGCUAUCCCAGUUCUUUAUUUGGGUUUAGAGAAAAACUGUUUCAUUUACAGAUUAGCAUUUGGGGUGGGGGAGGGGAGGUGUGGAAUGGUAAUUAUUGAUAGAUAGAUAGAUAGAUAUACUUUAUUGAUCCUGAAGGAAAUUGGGUUUCGUUACAGCUGCACCAACCAAGAAUAGAGCAUAAAUAUAGCAAUACAAAAACCACAAAUAAUCGAACAACAAUAUGCAAACUAUGCCAGAUGGAAAAAAAGUCCAGGACCAGCCGAUUGGCUCAGGGUGUCUGACCCUCCACGGGAGGAGCUGCAAAGUUCGAUGGUCACAGGCCAACCUGGCAUCAUAAUGCAGUCACGUGGAUUUCUUGGAAACACAAGGGAUGGCAGAUUCUGGACUCAGGCUGGAGCGGCAUUUGAGUGUGGAAAGGAAUUGUUGAUGUUUUGAGUAAAAGGGGUAUCAACCCAAAUUUCAGCAAUUCCUUACCUCCCACUGAUGGAGCUUGGCCGAUUAAAGUUCCCCAGCAGUUUUUGUUUGAUGCACCAGGGUCACUUGCCUGUAGAUUAUUUAAUACAAAAUAGGGAACUAAUUGACUGAAUUAAUAAUGAAGGCAAGCAUGCAUAUUGCCAUCUCAGUAAUCAUGUACUUUCAAAAUACCCAAAAUUUUGUAGCGUUGCAGUUUGUGUAAUGCUAUCACAGCUUGGUUGGUUGGAGUUCAGAGUUCAACUCUGACAUCAUCUGUAAAGAGUGUAUAUAUCCUUCUCAUGGAACAUGUGGGUUUCCGCUGAAUGCUCUGGUUUCUUCCCACAGUCCAAAGACGUAACAGUAAGUAGGUUAAUUGGUCAUUGUAAAUUGUCCUGAGAUAAGGCUAGAAUUAAAUAGGUGGAUUGCUGGGCAGUGUGGCUUGAAGGGCUGGAAAGGCUUGUUUUGUGCUCUAUCAAAAUAAAUAAAUAAAUAAAUUGGAUUGAAUUAAAUAAAUAAUCUUCUCUUAGAACUCCUAUUAUGUUAAUGUAAAAUUGGAACUGGGGCUUUCAUUCUCCAAAGUAGAUUCAGAUGACACAUCUGAAAUAAUGGAGUAAAAAAAUCUUUUCAUAGUCAUAGUCAUACUUUAUUGAUCCCAAGGGAAAUUGGGUUUCAUUACAGUUGCACCAACCAAGAAGAGAGUAUAAAUAUAGCAAUAUAAAACCAUAAAUAAUUAAAUAAUAAUAUGUAAAUUAUGCCAGAUGGAAAUAAGUCCAGGACCAGCCUAUUGGCUCAGGGUGUCUGACCCUCCAAGGAAGGAGUUGUAAAGUCUGAUGGCCACAGGCAGGAAUGACUUCCUAUGACGCUCUGUGUUGCAUCUCGGUGGGAUGAGUCUCUGGCUGAAACUCAUUCCUAGUGAUGUUGAUUCCGAGUGAUGUUCACCCGAUCCAAUGGCCGUCGAGGCAGGAUUUUCCAAAUCCCUCAAGAGCACAUCAGAGAUGCCUACAUUUGCAAAUAAUUUUCUUUCCAUUAAAUUGGUGCUAUAGUUUUUUUUUCAUUUAGAAUUUUAAUUUCAUUUCAUUCUGAAAAAACACUGAUACAUUGUUUUAAAAUCUAAUUAAUAUUGGGGUAUCUACUUAACAAAAUGCAGGGCGUAUUUUUUUUGACUAUCAUGAAUCUAAUGGUAAAUGAAGAGAAAUGAAUGUGGUGAUAUAUGUUGUGACUUUAAGUGUCACAUUAACCCCAACUUGAAGAUGAACAUUUCAGUUGGGUUGCUUUAGAGGCAUUGACUUUUCUUUUUAAAAGGGAGUUGUUUGUUCUUAAGUGACGUGAGAAUAAUUGUUCUAUCUAUCACAUGUGAGGAUUUUGGAUAAUUUAUCAACACAAAAAGUGCUAAGUAAAUCGGAUCAGCUUGUUGCUCUGGUACUUCCAUUGGUAACUGAAGCUUUGAUGCUUUGCAUUUUUGUGAAAUGAAUCUGCCUUUUACAGGUGUGUGCCACUCAGAGAUUACAGGGGUGUUAAAAGAGGUUAAAUCAGCACAAAUAGAAACGGAAAUUACUUUCCAAUCUGAAUUUUACCGAGUAUAUCUUUUUUAAAAAAUUGUUUUUUAAUCUUAAAAAGCACUAAAAAUAAAGCCAAAAGUUGGAGAGCUUGAGGUGAAGAAGUCUGAGUAAACUGUUAAACUUAGUUUGUGAAUAAAGUCACUUAAAGCAAUCAGUGAGAUGUGAACGGGAACUGCAUCCUUUUCUAUCCUUCAGACUAAAUAUUUUUCACGGUCGACUUAAGAGCAAUAAUGUUCUUAAGAGUACAGUGUGUGGAUAAGAGGAGCAAAUUUAAUUUGUGAAAGUGAGAAUUUUUUUGGAGUUGUUCUUUGUCAAUGUGCAUAGCACUUUUCCCUUCCUCUUAAAAGAUUAGAUUUGAUUAACUCAGCUGAAGCAAAUAAGGCACCGAUGUGUUGAUCCUCUGUACAAGUUAUUGUGCGAAAUGAAGUACAAAAGUACUUUGACGGGGACGGAAAUGAAAUGAAUCGCUGCAAAUUCAAACACAAUGCAUGAUAAAUGAAAACCAAACAGUACUUCGUAUUUUUGUAUUCUGCACAGACAUGGUUAUUAUGUGGAAUAAAAGAAUUAUGUGAACUUCCUCAUUUAGUACACUGACCACUUAUUAACUGAUGAAAAUUGAUACCUCAGGAUAAAACCUUUGCUGUUAAAUCAGCAUUUUCUUUAUUUUCCAUUAAUCCAUAUAUUGCUUGUAUUUAUCUAUAAAGGACAAAUUUUACUAAAGCAUUCAUUGUAUGUUUCUCAUUGGCAUAAUUCAAAUUCUUAUAAAAUAUUGAUUUAGAGAAUGCAUCUGCUUUGAUAGUAUGGUGCUGAACCUUGCCUUGAAAUAGUUUAUUACAGCUGUGAAAAAAUGGAAGCUCUCUCUUGGAACCUUUGAUUAUGAAUGACUACUGGGGUAAAGUUAAUCUUUGGUAGCUGGCAAUUGGUUUGCUAAACUAUGAUUUAAUGUAAAAUUCACAAGCAGGGAAGGAGAGAAGUCAUUUGUUGAACUUUGUUGUAAUUGAUGCUGUAAUUUAGUUGUAAUCCUUGGUGUUUGCAUAACAAUUAGGUCACUUGGCAAAUACCCAAAGGGCCAAAGUGCUAAUUGGGCAAUUUUACUUUGGAUCCAAUCACAAUAGCUGAGAAAAUCAAAUUCAAAUAGUCGAAUAAAUAAUUAAAUAAAUCUGGAAUUUUAUUUAUAUAUACACAAAGUGGGUUCCGGUUAAUUGGGCCAUCGGUUAAUCAGGACAGCUGCUUAUUUGGGACAAAAACUAAUUGGGAAAAUAGCAGGAUAUCAUCCUUUCCUUCCUACCACUCACCUACCCGCCAGUUUCAAUUUACAGUGGCUCUUUAGCCCACCAACCUGGGGUGAACAUCUCAGUGUAACCCUGUAAUGCCCCAGGAGAGCAUAGAAGGUGAGGAUUAAGCACAGGUCUCUGGCCAUCUUGAUCUAUUACAAAUUGUCACACUUGCUGGCAUUUAAAAUAGCAGGUGCAACUUUCAGUGAUCUCUUAAAGUAAAGUUCCAUAAUGGUUAAAAGGAAGUCCCAAGCUACCAUCAGGCAGGAAGCUCUGAAGUAAGAAGUCCCACACCAUCAGACCCACGGACAGCUACCUCCCUUCGAACCAACCAAAACAACCUUAGUCAUCUACCACCCACCAGCCUCCACAUCCAGUUCAUAAUUCUUCAGAACCUCUGCCAUUUUCAAAUGGAUCCCACCAACAAGAAGAUCUUUCCCUCCUCACCACCCCAGUUCCUGCUUCCCGCAGGGAUUGCUCCCUACGCAACACUCUUGUCCAUUCGUCCCUCCCCACUGAUCUCCCUCCCGACACUUAUUCUUGCAAGCGGAACAAGUGCUACACCUGCCCCUACACCUCCUCCCUCACUACCAUUCAGGGCCCCAAACAGACCUUCCAGGUGAGGCAACACUCCACCUGUGAGUCUGUUGGGUUCAUAUACCGUGUCCGAUGCUCCCAGUGUGACCUCCUGUAUAUCAGUGAGAUCCGACGUAGAUUGGGAGACCGCUUCACCAAGCACCUACGCUCCAUCCGCCAGAAGAAGCAGGAUCUCCCAGUUGCCAUCCAUUUUAAUUCCACUUCCCAUUCUCAUUCCAAUAUGACAGUCCAUGGCCUCCUCUACUGUUGUGAUAACACCACACUCAGGUUGGAGGAACGACACCUUACAUUCUGUCUGGGUAGCCUCCAACCUGAUAGUAUGAACAUCAAUUUCUCAAACUUCCAGUAAUGGCUCCCCCCCCCAACUUCACCAUUCCCCAUCCCCUUUUCCCUCUCUCACCUUAUCUCCUUGCCUGCCCAUCGCUUCCCUCUAGUGAUCCUCCCACUUUUCUUUCUUCCAUGGGCUUCUGUUCUCUCCUACUGGACUCCCCCUUCUCCAGCCCUGUAUCUCUUUCACCAUUCAACUUCCCAGCUAUUUAAAUCACCCCUCCCCCUCCCAGUUUCACCUAUCACCUUGUGUUUCUCUCUCCCUUCCCCCCAACCUUUAAACCUACUCCUCAUCUUUUUCUCUCCAGUUCUGCCGAAGGGUCUUGGCUCAAAAUGUUGACUGUACUUUUUUCCAUAGGUGCUGCCUGGCCUGCUGAGUUCCUCCAGAAUUUUGUGUGUGUUGCUCAAUUUCAAUCACUACAGUUUAACAACACUAACCACUUUUGAUCAUCUUGUCCAAACAUGGGCUUUGUUUUUCUUGUUCUAAUUAUGUUCUUUCUUAUAAAAUUGUUCAUUCUAUUUUUAAUUUAUGUAUGUGUUUCUUGUGAAUGCUGAUUACAAGCUGCCUGUGAUGCUGUUGUAUUGGGAGUUUUUUACUGACCCUGUAUAUUUAUGUACUUGUACAUUUGUUAAUAAACUUGA